AUGGUCGCGGAGAUCAAAACCGGGAAGGGUCGCAAGUGGUCUAUCACCUCCAAGGGGACACCAGCAGCCAACGUCAAGAUCCUCUCUCGCUGGCUCCCGUGUCUCUUUGGACCGUAUGCUCCUCUGACGAACAUGAAAUUAGAGACUGCGAAGUGGCUCUACAAUGCGUUCGAGUAUCUCCUCAAGGAGUUGCCGUUCAUCCGGCUUGUUUCGGAGCACCUCAAGUUCAACGCUGGCGCACUAUUCCUGAUUGCUGGAUGUAUGGAUCAUCACGCCCGCGCUGGCCGAUCGAGUCACCUCAAUGCCAUCCGAGCCGACCUCGACCGAUGCCUCCCCAAAAUCACCCUUCCAAGCGGCGAGAUCCUCGCCCCUCUCGCUGCGAACGAGCUGCUCGCUCAACGGAACUUUGGAUUCAACACGCUUUGCAUGGGACGUCUCAACGUUCCAAUCGAGGACCGCGCAGAGUUUGAUGAGAACCCAAAAGCGUACUGCGACGAAAUGACUGCUCCCGGCGCUCGUCGUCACCCGUUUGGUAACAAUGUGUACUCGCAUCAGUAA